AUGCCCAACAAACCUGAAGGCAGUCAAGAAGUCCGCCAAACAGGCCAUGGAAGAAAGGCAGGUGGAAAUGGCGGCGGAGUUCGCUCGCCUACAGGAGGCCGUUCAUCUGGAGGAAGAGGAGGAGCGCAGACAGAGGGAGGAGAAGAAGAUCAAGGUGGAGGAAAAAUGGAGAGCAGCUGGCAGGAACGGAAACGCGAGGAGGAGCAGAAACAGAGGGACAUUGAGGAGACGCGGAGAAGGGUACUGGAGUCGGCGUCAUUGGGGCGCAUGGGGGUGUCGAUGUCAGUCCAGCAACUCCUGAAGGUCCGGAGAAAUCUUGCAGCUCCUGUGUGGAGCAUAAGAGGGACUGUACCUGGACUCAGGCGUCUAGGUCCAACAGGGCGCAGUGCUCCAGCGGCGUUCCGCCAGUUAGUAUCGACAAGGCGAAGAAGCGGGAGCGAGCGGAGGGGACCCCAUCUCCCCAGGGCAAAGGGGAAGAAGUGUCAGCAGAGCCUGGCAGAGAUGGACGACGACGUGGAGGUGAUUUCCAAUCCCCAGACCGUGAUCGCGGAGGAGGGCAGAUGGACGGAGUACAACGACCAGGCCUGGGUGGCCACUGCCAACAACAUAGUGGUGGCAUUGGCACGGACCAAUGGACUUCUGGAGCAGAGUAUCGCUGUGGUGGAGGGGAGCAGAGUGGCCAUGGAUAGGUUCAGUGGAGGAGCAGAGGGCUUUCCAAGCCUUAUUCCUGGAGGCGGCGAGGAACGGCUUUCACGUGGAGGCUGGCGGAAGAACCAGAGGAAACGGAGGUGGAGGUGGAGGUCGGAGGUGUUCGGAGAUACGGAAGUCUGGAGGUCAGGGUAUGAGGUUGAUUGGUUGAGCACGGACCGAACCCCUGAGGUCCUAGACAAAUUCCCAGGAUGUCGGGGAAAUGGUAGACAGAUGUUGCCAGGUGGAACCAAGGCAUGUGGAACAAAGUCCACAGCACGAGAAUUGAAGGAGUUGAUGGCCGCGGUGAGGAUAGUGGAGGAGAGAAAGGCCGCAGAGGCAGCAGAGCAGGCCAAGAGGGCGGAGGAGGCAAGAAUUGCCGCGGCGGUGGAGAGGGCAAGGUUAGCAGAGGAAGCACGCAAGGUGGCGGAGGUGCGGAGAUCGGGGGUCUCGGAGGCUGCUCCUCCGGUGGUCAUGUGCCAGCAGUGUGAGGCCACCGGCCAGGCAUGUACAUGGGCGCUGGUGCAGGAGGACCAGGCGAAAUCCAAAAGCAGAGGCAGGGCCAAGGCAAAAGCCUGUGACCAGUGCGCAGGCCUAAAGGCCUCUUGUAAAGUCGACGGGGAUGAUUCGCAACUGGCUGUACCGGCGAAGAGUUGGAAAAGGACAUGGGAAUGGGCAGCGGAGUCCGGUGAAAGGAUGGAGGAAGAUGUGGGUAGGCCUUCCCAGAGGAGGAGGGUGUAUGGGGAGGAGGAGUCCAUUACGGAGGUCGAUGACCAGGAGUGGGUCAAGGCCGCUAACGACAUGGUCCUGGUGCAGGCGGAGAUGAACACGAAGCUGGGGGCCCUUGCGACAGCCAUCACCCAUCUCACCAAACAGCUGGAACUACAACAGGUGGAGCAGAAGGAGGAGAGGAACAAGGUCCGAGCGGAAAUCCGGGAGAUCCUCCACGUGACCGGAAUCGCACUGGAGAGGGGCUUUUUGGGUCGGGGAAAGAAACAGGAGGUUCUUGGGAAAAGGGGAGAGAUUGGGAUGGGAGUGGCGGAGGUGACCGAGCUUACUACCAGCUCUUCUGGCAGUGACACAGAGAAGCCGGAUGAAGAAUCGGAGAGUGAAGCAGAGAAGGGGCUGGAUGGAGAAGAGACAGGGGCUCAGCCAGAGCUGGAACAGAGCCGGAGGAAGAGGUGGAGAUGGAGGCCUAAGUGUAGCUAA